AUGACUCGACAGAAGGCUCUCAAAGAGCAGUACCUAUUCACUUGUACAUGUCCCCGCUGUUCUAAAGUGGGCCAGAUUGAUGAUAUACAAGAAAGUGCAAUUCUAGAAGGAUAUAGAUGCAAAAGUGAAAAAUGUGGUGGCUUCUUGCUACGAACAGCUGUGAGAUCAAAGAUAGACAACCUGCCAGGUGCUUUUAUGUCGUUCUUAUCAAUGACCUUGUUUUUGUUUUUUAAAUCUACUAAAAUUGAAGAUGGGAAAGGAUUCCAAUGCCAAGGUUGCGGACUAGUCAGGGACAACGAGGAGAUAAAGAACAUUGCAACUGAAAUUAAAUUGCUAUCUGAGGAAGCAACUUCUAAGUCUGCUUUCUCUUGCAAUUAUAAAGAAGUUAUUUCCAUAUAUAAAAGGAUUGAGAAACUGCAAGCAAAACUCUAUCAUCCUUUCUCAAUUAAUUUGAUGAAAACUAGAGAGAAGAUUUUGAAGUCAUUGAUGGAGCUGGAACACUGGACAGAAGCUUUAGCAUAUUGCAAAUUGACCAUACCAUUUUAUGAAAAAGUGUAUCCAUCUGUCCACCCUCUGCUUGGCUUGCAAUAUUAUACGUGUGGAAAACUAGAGUGGUAUUUGAGAGAGACAGAGGAAGCUGUUAAAUCACUGACUAAGGCUGUGGAUAUACUACGGAUUACUCAUGGCACAAGUACUUCUUUCAUGAAGGACCUGUUGAUGAAGUUGGAAGAAGCCCAUGCUGAAGCCUCGUACAAAUUGUCUUCCAUGGACUAG